AUGGCUUAAAAUGGGCUUUGUGCAGAAGCUAUUGAAAACAUGGUAAUUUUUUCCAAUUAAACUUUCUCUUAGCUUGGUGAUUUAAAGUUAUUAGAGAGAUGUGCUAUAGUUUAGCAAAAUAAAUAGGCUUGCAUAUAUCCUAGAUUAGGAUAUAUUUUGGAUAUAAAAAAAGGGUUGAUUACUAAGGAUAUAUUUUUGACAUUUUGUGCAUUAUAUGACUCUGAAAUCAAAGAUUGUGUAGAAUUUUAAAGUGGUUUUAUCAGAAUAAAUAGUACCCAAUAUGGUACUUUUAUAGGAUAUAGCUUUAUUAAUCCUGAUUAAGUUCUCCCUUUUUCUAAUUCUCAAAAUAUUGCUUGCUCAAGAGGUUUUGAAUUCAAAUAAACAAGGUUUUUAAAAGGAUGUUUAUUGAGCUAAAAAAAAUCUUAGUUAAUGAAUAAUUAAAUAGCUAACUGCUUAUAAAUGAUGAACGAUAUAUAAUGUAAAACCUGUUAAAAAGGAUAUGCUUUAAGAGAUGAUAAAUAAAAAUGUUAAUUAGUAACUUAAAAUUGCUAAGAAUACACAUAAAUUUAGAAUUAAAAUGUUUGUAUUUCAUGCUUGCCAUAUUAUAUUUUGUUUUAAUAAUCAUGUGUUUUUAUGAAAGGAUGUUAAGUUAUUAGUCGAAAAAACCCUAAAAAAUGCAUGGCUUGUGAUAAUAAAUUUGAACUUAUUGAUGGAGAGUGCAUGAGUUUAAAAUCAAAUCAAAUAAUUUAUACAUAUGAUUUUUAAAAUGAAAAUGAAUAAUCAAAUUUAGAUAAAUAAUCUUAGAUUGAUACUUACAGAAAUGAAAAAGUAGAAGAAAUUUAUUUUAACCAAAAUAAAAUUCACUAAUAGUUCAAUGUUUAAUGGGCUGAGUGCAGUGUUAUAGGUUAAAAUAAAUGCUUGAAGUGUAAUGAUUUAAGUUUCUAUUAUGAUUAAAAAUAAAAGAAGUGCUUAUAGAGAGUACGCUCAUUAUAUUGUAGCAAUACGAUUUAUAAUUAAGAUGACUGUUUAAAUUUAGAAUGCUAAGAAGAUUAUUAAAUCAACUAAGAGAUAUUUGAUAGAUUAGACCUUAAUGACAAGUUGACUAUUUAAUAUAUAGAGGAAUAUCUGAGUCAUAAAUUUUUUGAUUCAGACUAUCUAAUGAGUGAAUUUGAAAUUUAAUAAUUUUAUUUAAAUUAUUAGCAAAAAGGAGCAUCUAUAGAAAACAAAGUAUACUGCAUAGCUAAAUAGGUAACUCAAGAUUAAAAUUGUAUUUAAUUUGAUAGCUAAAAUAAAUAAUGUUUAAAAUGUUAACAAGGUUAUUAUUUAAUAAACCAUAUUGAAUUAGGUCAACCUUUUCUAAGAUCAUAAUGUUAAAGUAAUCUAAUUGUGCUUAAUCUUGAUAACUGUAUUUCUUAUGAUUUAGAGAAAAAUGUUUGCUAUGAAUGCCAAGAAGGAUAUCAUUUUAAUUCUAAAACUAUGUAAUGCUUAAAAAAUAUUUUAGAUUGCUAUAUCCAUACAGUGUAAAAUGAAUGCCUUUUAUGUUAGGAAGGAUAUACUUUAAAUCAGUAAAAUUAAUGCAAUAUCAUUUUUAUAGAAUAAUUAAAUAAUUUUAUGAUUGAAAAUAAACUUAAAAAAUAGUAAUUCAAUCCUUAAUGUGUCUUAUUUUAAAAUGAAAAAUGCAUUUUAUGUGCAGAAGGUUUUGUAUUAGAUUUAACAAAUAACUCUUAAUGCUAAUUUGAUUCUUUAUUUCCUGAUUGCAAAACUAUUGAUUUCUUAAAUUAAGAUAAAUCUGAAAUACUAAAUAUGUAGAUGUAUUCUAGAGAUUAUAAAGUAUGCAAAGAAUGCAGAUAAGGAUAUAUAAUUGAAAAAGGAUUUUGCAUUAAAAAAUCAAAGAUACCUUUUUAAAAUCAUAUUACUGACUAUUUAAAUGGGAUUACUAAUUGUUUAAUGUAUGAUGAUUCAAUUAUUUGCUUAUAGUGUGAUCAUGGUUAUUAAUUUAAUUAAAAAAAGAAUUAAUGCAUUAAGAAAUUUAAAUUCGAUAGGCUUUUAUUUGAAUAAUAAUUAGAACCAGUUUAGAAUGGGUGCUUACUGUAUUCAGAUGAUGGAAAGUGUAAAAUUUGCUAAGAUAAUCUUUUUUUAAUGACUGAUUUUAACUGCUAUGAAGAAUGUCCUAAAGAUUAUUUUUUUUAAUAUGAUAAACAACAUGGUAUUGUUUGCUUUGCUUGCCCACUGAAUUGCUAAAAAUGUACUUUUGAUUAUAAUUAUAUUGGGAGUUACAAGUAAGUAAAAUGCUUGAGUUGCAUUACUGGUUAGAUAUUUCAUUCUGAAAUUUAUUAAUGUAAGAGUAAUUGUGAAUUCUUAACUGAAGAAGAUACUAAUUUUUGUGUAAAAAAGUGCAAACAUAAUUAUUUCCAAAUUGAAAAUAAAUGUUUAAAAAGUUGUCCUUUUUUCUAUAAAGUAGUUGAUGAAGAGAAUGUUUGCAUUUAAGAUUGUAAAGGAAUGUAUGGCUAUCAAGACGAUGCCAAAAAAUGCUCAAAAGACUGUGAUGAAGGAUACGCAAUAAUGAUAGACUAAAAAUUAUGUAAAAAAUGCAUAAUCGACUAAUGCAAAACAUGUAAUAUAAAUGAAUUAGAUGUUUGCAUAGAAUGUAAAAUACCAUACACUAAUAUUUAAGGAAAAUGUAGAUAUUAAUGCUAAAAUAAAUUGAUUGUAGAUAACUAAGAAAAAUGUGAUAAGAAUGUAACUAUUGAAUACUGUACUAAAUAGCUGUAUGAAAGGUGUUAGGAAUGCUUAAAUACUUUUGAAUUAACAAAUGAUUUGAUUUGUGCAUGUCCAGAAGGUACAUUUUUUAAUUAAAAAACAAAUGAAUGUGAGUUAUGUGGUUUAAGAUGCUUGUAGUGUGACUAAAAAUUAGGAUGUCUAAAAUGUGCAUAAACAUUUUUAAAAAUCAAGUUAUUUGAUAAAUUGGAAUGCACUGAUCAGUGCGGACCAGGAUAUUUCCAAGAUUUACAUUAAAAUAUGUGCUAAAGAUGUCAAAAAAAUUGUUUAAUAUGUAAUGAUACAAAUAAUUGUUUAGAAUGUCUACCUACCUUCUAACUUUAGAAUAAUAACAAAAAAAAUGAAUGUACAUGCCCUUUAAAUUAAACGUUAAAUGAGGAAAGUAAUACUUGUGAACUUCAAUGCUAAGAUGGAUAUAAACCUGAUACGAUGAAAUGUUGUGAAACAUAAUAUUGUUCUUAAUGUAAUAAAAAUUCCUAAAUUUGUGAUAAAUGCAAUAAAGAUUUCCCAUAUCUUUUUCAAAAUUCUUGUAGAUAAGAAUGUCCAGAGGGUUAUUAUUAAGAUACUAUAGAAUUUUAGUGCAAAAGUUGCAGUCCACUGUGUAAAUUAUGUGAAAAAGAUUCAUCGAAUUGUCUUAGCUGUUCGUUACCUUAACAUAAAAUUGAGGAUAGUUCAUGCAAAUGCAAUAAAAACAAGGUGUUUUUCUAAAAUGAUUGCUUUAUAGAGUGUCCUAAGUACACGAUGCUUUCUCCUGAUAAGAUGGUUUGCGAAGAGUAUUGUACUGAUCUAUCUUUUCCUGUCUUUGAUGAAUUAGGUAGAUUUGAGAGGUGUGAAUUCGAUUUAGGAUAACCAGAUUCUAAAUUUUGCUAUUAGAAUUUAAAUUUCUUAAAUAAAUUAAUAGAUUUUGGUAUAGGUGAAUAGAAAAAGUAAUAAUAGAGCGAAUCUUUUAUGUUAAUAAUUUAAAUAUAAAAAACUCCAAAAGAUUGUUACAUUUUUAAGUUAAGAGGAAAAGAUGAAAAUGACUCAUUUCAUUUAAUUUAGAGGCUAAAAGAUUAAAAAAACUAAGACUUGUUAAAUAUGAAUUUUUAUUUAGAAAGUGAAAUAGAAAUAAAUUAAAUCUAAGAAAAUAAUCUGGUCGAGUGUAAUACCUAUUACUGUAUUUUUUACUUUGAAGUAUACUUAAAAAAUAUUUUGCAACAAAUCUAUAAAUUAAGGAUUAGUUCAGAAUAUAAAACAGUAAUUGUUGAAGGAAUUUAAGACUUUACUAUUUUACUUAAUGGAGAGUAGAAUGUAGUUAUUCCAUAAUCAAUACCUUAAGAGUAAAUAUUACAAUCUGUAAUGCAAAUUUAAUGUAGUCCUUCAAAUUACUGCAGUUAAAGAGAAAUAAAGACAGAAAUUAAUCAUCCAGUUUCAAUAAGUAUUGAAGCAACUUUUAAAUUUGGAAACGAUGAAGACAAUUUACUAACAAUUUAUCCUCUAUCUCUUUACAUUUUAGAGAAAAAUUCAUUAAAAUUACCUAUAUAAACUUUUUAUUUUGAUAAUUCAUUUCCCUCUUCAAUAAAAUUGAUUGUUUAUUUCAAUCAUCAAGCAAAGGGUUAGUUAAUUAUUAUUUUAAGAGCCUAUAAUCAGAAAUACUUUAUGAAGGGUUUAGAAUUUUUUAACUAUGAAAAUAACUACCUUAAAUUUUUGGUUUAGGAAAUAGGCAUAGAAGUUUUAGAAGCUAAAUAAAAUUAAAAAGAAAAAGGGGAUGAAAAAUAAUAAAUAGACAAAAACAUCUAAAAAACUAGCCUUAACAAACUCAACAAGUAGAUAUUUUAAAUAUUACUGAAGAUAAAAGUACAUAGUAGCAGUAAUAAGUGUAAAUUGAAUUGA